AUGAGCAGCAGAAUACGGACAAUUGUGCUGUAUCGCGGAAAUGUUGAUACAUCGAAACCUUCAAGUUCAAGUUGUACGAAGCAACAACAACCAUCCAGACAUCCAUUGGGUUUCAGUAUCGUAGGUGGCAUUGAUUCACCGCGUGGUCCCAUGGGAAUUUUCGUCAAAACUGUCUUUGCCGAUGGAUUGGCUGCAAAAAGUGGCCUUGUUUGUAAAGGCGAUGAAAUUUUGAGUGUUAAUGGAGUGGAGCUGAAUGGGAAGACACAUGCAGAAGCGUUACAAAUAUUCAAGAGAAGUUCAAAAAUUGAUGUAACUCUUUGUAUCCGUCGAAACAUUCCCAAUUCAUCAAAACAGAACAGAAUUUUCGAUUACACUGAAACAGCCUUCAUAAAUAAAAAAUUGACGAUAUCUAAUGAUAAAUGCGAAGAUAUAAAGAAGUGCAUUACACAUGCAUCGUUAGCAGCAGCAUCAUCAGGAGCAGCAGGAACAUCAAGAAAUACUGCAUGCUUGAGAUGUCGGACGCUGAUUCGAAGUCAACAACGGAAAAUAUAUGGUUGUCCCAAUGCUAAAGCAUUAAUUUGCAUUUUGGUGUCACGAAGUGCAAUGCGGCGCUGCACUUCCAACCACAUCAUCACAUCCGUUCCAUCUGCGAAACGUCGCUUAUCAUUUACUUGA